AUGGGUGUCAUCAGCCGCUUCCUCAAAUUGUCGACCAUCGGCGGCGUUGCGACGAUCGGCGCACAUUUUAUCUGGACUCGCAACUCGAUCGUGGAGCCUCUCCCGCGGACGGACUAUUUGUUUACCUCACCGUCGUACAAGAAAACCAACCCCAACGACAACGCGGUGUUGCGUGACGUUUGCAUUCGGAGAGUUCCCCUGUCGCAGAUUGAUCCCAAGUUGCUGGAAAAGAAGGGCAAGUUGGUCGAGAAAUUUUGUGCUGGUCUUUGGGGUGGUCUAGGCUACGCCUAUCAACGCCAAUAUCUCGCCAAAAAAUACCAAGGACCCAAAACUGCCCACCAGCUCUGGUCCACCAAUGAACUCCUCACAGCAACCUACGAAAUCGGCACUGAGAUCACGGACCAUUUCCAAGUCGUCGAGAAAACAGACAACAGGGUUGUGGUUCGCUGCGGUGACUCACCCUUGAACCGCGGUCUCCGAGAAACAGAUGGUCUCUUCGAAAUGUCCGUCGACGUCAAGAAGGAUGAAGGGGUUGCCGAGUUUCAAUUGAAGAGUAUCUUUUUCAAUGGAUUGUCCGGGACAAAGGUGGAGGGCUCGGUUAUGCCUUGGCAUAUAGAGUUGCUGCACCGAGAAUAUAGCAAGAUCUUGAUGGAGAGUGCGUUGCGCAAUGUUUACGCCUAG